AUGAUUCCCUCCCUGUUCCUCGGCGCCCUGAGCCUGGCUGCAGCCAGCCGCAGCGUGGAGUUGACAAACUCAAUGACCGCUUCCAAGGCUGUCGAGCUUGGUCUCAUCUCUGCAUUCGACAAUGACAAUGUGACCCACACUGAUUCCUUUGCGGAAGUUCAGCAGCACCUGCAGGAGGAGACUCAGGGGAAGUCAGCGAAAUGCCCAGAAGUACAGAUUUGCACGACAUCAGAUGGUGCGUGCGACCCCAAGAACCUGGUGGUGAUCACUUGCAUCAGUGCACACAAUCUUCCAAGCCAGUGGGGUGACAAGGUAGAUCCCUAUGUCAAGUUCUGGGUGGACAACAAGGACAACAAGGCCAGCACAGUCAGCUAUGACAACAACGAGAAUCCCAGUUACCACUUUGGCUGCCCCUUCAGCUAUGAAGACACCAACGGCGACGGAGUCUUCGAGAUUGUGGUCAACCUCUUCAAGAACGGUUCCCCAGUGGGUGGCAGCUCGGGCCAGAGCACGGUGCGGUUCAAGUUCCAGCUCAUCAAGGCGGAGGGCUACCAACUGAGGCGCCGCUGA